AUGAAGAGCGUUGUUCUUUCUGUCCUGGCCAGUGGUGCCGCUGCUCAGAUUACUCUUGGUUCUAUGGGUGGUCUGGGUCUUAGCCCUGAGCUCUUCCAAAACGCUGCCAUCAACCCCAGCGACCCCGAAUACGCAACCUGCCAGGACGCCGUUUCACUCGUUCAGAAAUGUGUUUCCUCUGUUGGCGGUUUGGACGCUGCUCCCACCGCUGACGCCGAGGCUCUCGUCGCCUGCGCUUGUUGUGACGGUAGUGAAAACGCUGCUCCUCUUUACUCGGUCUGCUCCAGCUACCUCGAGGAUGAGGCACCCGAGAACACCUCCCAAUAUGAAGCUUACGGCACUCUUUACAGUGCAUGCAAGAUUGGCGGUGCCAAAUGCACUGGUGGCAGCGGCAGCGCCAGUGGCAGUAGCCGCAGUGUCAUUGCCCGUCCCACAGCAACUGAAGAUGAUGAUGAGGACCGCUCAACUAUUACUACCAGCCCUGCUCAGCAGACCUAUGCUUCGGCCUGUGUAGACAUGCUGGGCAUCUUCACUUCUUGCACAGCCAAGGACCGUGAUUUCACAAACCUCCCCUUCAAGGAGCAGGCCGAGUGCUACUGCUGCCGUGGCUCCGGUAAUGACCUGACCUGGACCGAUGCUAUGGACAACUAUGCUCGGACCUGCGCCGACUGGGCACGAACUGGCGAGUCCAAGACCGCCUACUCAGUUGCCAAGACAUUUGCUACCUUCUGCGAGCGCUUCUCCAACGUUUGCGAGUUUGCUGGUGCUCAGACUCAAGGAUCUGAUUCUGAUGAGUCCACCCAGGCCAGCACGACUGAAAACUCCAGCUCCCGCCAGACCGACGAUUCCAGUGACAGCAAUGACAACGAUAGCGAGACCAGCAACAACAAUGCCGGUCCUGUCACCGUCACCGUCGACGCUCAGCCUACCGAGACUGGUAACGAUGCCACUUCGGCUCGCGCUGGCUUCGGUGCCGUCCUGGCCGUCAUUGCUGCUUUGGCUAUUACUCUAUAA